AUGAUAAGGAAAACAACAUUGAGUUUUGUUUUGGAUGAAGCGUUAAAGGCUUCUCCAGAGCACUUGCUUGUUCAUCCGCUGCACAACCAAGCAACACUUGCAAUCAGUUUAGCGGAUCUUCUAAAAUUUUUCAAAUCCUACAACCGUGUUGUUAAAUGGGUUGAUUUUAGCCAAAUUAUUCUUGUAGCGGAUGUGGUUGACGGCAAAGCGGCCGUUCCUAAAGAAACAAAAGUGAAGGACGCUGUUCCUGCCGCAGUAAUUGGGGCUGAACAGCUUGGAAUUACUGCAACAAAGGAGGCUGCGUUCUCUGAAUGGUACACUCAAGUCAUCACUCGAAGUGAUAUGGUCGAGUACUAUGAUAUCUCUGGUUGUUAUAUUUUGCGCCCUUGGUCGUAUUUUAUGUGGGAAUCAAUUCAAGAUUUCAUGAAUAUCCGAAUUAAGAAACUUGGCGUUCAAAAUUGCUAUUUUCCAAUGUUUGUGUCAAAGAAUAAAUUGGAGGCUGAAAAAGAUCACGUCGAAGGAUUCAGCCCAGAGGUGGCGUGGGUGACAAAGUAUGGUGACAGCGAACUCGCUGAGCCAAUCGCAAUUCGUCCAACAUCCGAAACAAUUAUGUAUCCAUCGUUUGCAAAAUGGAUCAGAUCGCAUCGAGAUCUUCCAUUAAAGCUCAAUCAGUGGUGUCAAGUUGUCCGCUGGGAAUUCAAGCAACCAACACCGUUUAUUAGAACCAGAGAAUUCCUAUGGCAAGAAGGACACACCGCUCACGCAACAGACGAAGACGCCGAAAAAACAGUGAUGCAGAUUUUAGACAUCUACGCUGCUGUUUAUGAAGAGCUCCUUGCAAUUCCUGUUGUAAAGGGAAUUAAAAGUGAAAAAGAAAAAUUUGCUGGAGGAAAAAUGACGACAACUGUUGAAACACUUAUUGCUGAAAAUGGAAGAGGUGUACAAGCAGCAACAUCUCACCACCUAGGACAAAAUUUUUCAAAAAUGUUUGGAAUUGAAUUUGAAGACAAAGACCGUCAACGACAAUUGGCGCAUCAAACAUCUUGGGGAUUAUCAACGCGAUCACUCGGUGUUGCAGUAAUGAUCCAUGGGGAUGAUAAAGGAAUGGUGAUGCCACCGAGAUGUGCACCAGUGCAAGUUGUCAUUGUCCCAAUUGUGUAUAAAGAAGCCUGUUCUAUUGAAAUGAUCGAGCGAUGUAACAAAAUUGCUGAAUCUCUGACUGAAAUCGGCGUGCGGGUUAAAGUGGAUGAUCGAGAUAAUUACACUCCUGGGUGGAAAUAUAACGAUUGGGAAACGAAAGGCGUCUGUAUUCGGAUGGAAAUUGGACCACGUGACAUGAAGAGCGAAACAGCUCGCUUAGUGAAGCGCCAUAAUGGAGACAAAUCGGAUCAUCGAUGGAGCGAAUUAGUUGCAGUUGUUCCCACAAUGCUUGAAGAUAUUCACAACGCAAUGUUUAAGAAGGCAAAGGACAGUCUUGAUGGUUCAAUAACUAAAGUGUCUGACUUCAGUGAAGUGAUGCCAAUUUUGAAUGAGAAAAAGCUCAUUUUGGCACCUUGGUGUGAAGACCCAGCAACGGAAGAAGAAAUUAAAAAAGAAACAACCCGCCUCUCUUUGGUUCAGCAAGAGGAAACGACGGAGGAGGGUUGUGCUCCUGCGUUGACUGGUGCUAUGAAAUCGUUGUGCAUUCCUCUUGAUCAACCUCCAAUGCCGGAGGGAACGAAGUGCUUCUUCACCGGAAAACCAGCCAAGCGGUGGUGUCUCUUUGGAAGAAGCUAUUAA